UGGAGUGAACAGGCAACAACAUUUCUUUAUAGAGACCCUUGGCAAUAUUGGCUGUACGUGAGAAAGAAUGAGGACGUUGCUAAACAACUAAUAGACACUUAUGUGGUAUGUUACAAGUAUUUUAAGAUGGCAAACAGCAAUAAAGAUAGAACAACAGCACCGCCGACAAAGCAAAUUCGUACCGAGGUUAACAAUAAUCCUGAUAUCAUUGUUCCUUCAAAGGAUUUAAUUUCAAUGGCAAAAAUUUUACACUUGCCUGCAUUGUAUCAAUGCAUAGAAAUUUGGUGCAGAAAUAAUAAUGGUUCCGAUGAUGAACAAGAAAUCAAGAAAGAAAUCGAAAGCUUGUUUUUAGAUCUCUUUAAAAUGUUUGUUGAUAGAGCACGGAUCAAAGAGUGCACGUUUGCAGAUUCGAUCAAAGAUGUUUCCUACCCGAUAAACUUGCAUCAGUUGAAAGAUCUAGAAACAACUUUUCGUAAGCUGACAGUUGGAUUGCGUUAUCUGAAUUUAGGUUUUUUUGAAUGUAAUGAUAGAUUAUUAUCCAUCCUUACCGAAAGUUGUACAGCACUCAAAACUUUUAAAGUCAAAGCUGAUAAUUGCUCAGAUGGCGCAUUAGCAAAAUUCGUGAGGGCACAAAGAUCAUUGACAAAACUUAAAAUUCGCUACGCCAAGGAUCUUCGAAAAACCUUGGAUGCAAUAGGAUCACAAGCUAGUACUAUGGUGAAGCUUCGUAUCCUCAAUUGCAAUUUGAAAAGUUGCACUGAACCUUUUGUUGGAAUUGCCGCAUGCACUAAUCUUCGAUCACUUUACAUGCGGAAUAUCGAAAAAUUUGCAACAAACUUAAGUCUAUCACAGUUGCUAAUGCCAAUUGCAAAAAAUUGUAAAUUUCAUAAUGUGGAUUUUUGGAACACUUUACUUCCCGCCGAUGUGCUUGUCGAAAUCGCAAGAAAUUCUUCCACAACUUUACGUCGUGUACAUCUUAUGCGGUAUCGAAAUGGAGAAUAUGGAGAAUAUAAAGAAGAUCUUUCGCCUGGAAUUGAAGCACUUGCGAAGUAUGCGACAAAACUUUGCCAUUUUGAGCGAAACAUUCUUCCACAAGAAUUGGAUGCCAUGUGUCAUCUCGUAAGCUCCAUAGGUUAUUCUUUAGAAACGUUGGAAGUAGAUUCUCAGGACAUGGCUGGAAUUGAUUCAUCGAAUUUCCUUAUUUGCAUUGGUCGAAAUUGUCCAAAUAUAGUUCUAUUAAAUAUAAGUAGUUAUGAGUUUACGACCGACGCAUUCACAGUGUUACUACAAGGUUGCAAAUCAUUGCAGAAUUUGAUGAUAACUGAUUCAGAUUCUGUUGAUGUUUUGGCCUUGAUUAAGGAAAACUGCGUAGGGACCUUGCGAUCGUUAGUUAUUUCUGAAUGUCGCAAUGUGACAAAUGAAUCGAUCACAAGGUUUCAACAAGAAAGUGGUAUUGAAGUCGAAACCGAUAUUGAGGGUGAUGCCGAUAUUGAUAUCGAGAACGAAUAA